UAAAUUGGCUUGGUUCCAAGAUGCAGAAUCUAUGAUGAACCACCAUUUAGGCGGUCUAAUAGGCUUAGGAUCUUUGGGUUGGGCUGGACACCAAAUUCAUGUAUCUUUGCCUAUCAACCAAUUGUUAGAUGCAGGAGUUGACCCUAAAGAAAUUCCUUUGCCUCACGAAUUUAUAUUUAACAGAGACUUAUUAGCUCAGUUAUAUCCUAGCUUUGCGAAAGGUGUAACUCCUUUCUUUACCUUAAACUGGGCAGAGUAUUCUGAUUUCUUAACUUUCCGUGGCGGUCUAAAUCCAGUUACAGGAGGUUUAUGGUUAACUGAUACAGUUCACCACCACGUAGCAAUUGCAGUCCUUUUCCUAGUAGCAGGACAUAUGUAUAGAACUAACUGGGGAAUUGGUCAUAGCAUGAAAGAAAUGUUAGAAGCUCACAAAGGGCCUAUGACUGGUGAAGGUCACAAAGGACUUUAUGAAAUUUUGACCACUUCUUGGCAUGCUCAAUUAGCAUUAAACUUAGCUACUUUUGGAUCUUUAACAAUUAUCAUAGCACAUCAUAUGUAUGCUAUGCCUCCUUACCCAUAUUUAGCAACUGAUUAUGGUACUCAGUUAUCCUUAUUCACACACCCACAUGUGGAUUGGUGGAUUCUGCGUUGUAGGGGCUGGUGCUCAUGCAGCUAUCUAUUUGGUAAGAGAUUACGAUCCAACUACUCAGUAUAACAAUCUAUUAGAUCGUGUUCUACGGUCAUAGAGAUGCAAUUAUUUCUCAUCUUAACUGGGUAUGUAUCUUCCUAGGAUUCCAUAGUUUUGGUUUGUAUAUUCAUAACGAUACUAUGAGUGCCUUAGGUCGUCCUCAAGAUAUGUUCUCUGACACAGCUAUUCAAACUUCAGCCUGUGUUUGCUCCAAUGGGUUCAAAAUACUAACGCUGCAGCACCUGGUUUCACAGCACCUAAUGCAGCUGCCGCUAGCAGUAUCACUUGGGGUGGUAGUGAAUUAGUAGCAGUAGGUGGGAAAGUAGCAAUGUCUCCUAUUCCAUUAGGAACAGCUGAUUUCCUAGUGCACCAUAUUCAUGCAUUUACUAUUCACGUUACUGUUUUGAUUCUUUUGAAGGGUGUAUUAUUUGCUCCGUAGUUCUCGACUAAUCCCAGAUAAAGCUAAUUUAGGCUUCCGCUUCCCUUGUGAUGGUCCAGGACGUGGUGGUACUUGCCAAGUUUCUGCUUGGGACCAUGUAUUCUUGGGUCUAUUCUGGAUGUAUAACUCUAUUUCUGUAGUAAUUUUUCCAUUUUAGUUGGAAGAUGCAAUCAGAUGUAUGGGGAACUGUAAAUGCUCAAGGAGUAUCUCAUAUUACUGGAGGGAACUUUGCUCAAAGUGCAACUACCAUUAAUGGAUGGUUGCGUGAUUUCUUAUGGGCACAAGCAUCUCAAGUAAUUCAAUCUUAUGGAUCUGCUUUAUCUGCAUAUGGUUUAGUUUUCUUAGGUGCUCACUUCGUAUGGGCAUUUAGCUUGAUGUUCUUGUUUAGUGGCCGUGGUUAUUGGCAAGAACUAAUUGAAUCCAUUCUAUGGGCUCAUAAUAAGCUUAAAGUUGCUCCUGCUAUCCAGCCUCGAGCUCUUAGUAUUACUCAAGGGCGUGCUGUAGGAGUAGCUCAUUACCUUCUGGGUGGGAUUGCCACAACAUGGGCAUUCUUCCUAGCAAGAAUUAUUUCAGUAGGAUAAUGGCUAGGAGGGGUUUUAAAGCAUUAUGGCAUCAAGAUUUCCAAAAUUUAGCCAGGGCCUAUCCCAAGACCCAACCACUCGCCGUAUUUGGUUUGGAAUUGCUACUGCACACGACUUCGAAAGUCAUGAUGAUAUCACCGAAGAACGGCUUUAUCAGAAGAUUUUUGCUUCUCAUUUUGGUCAGUUAGCAAUUAUCUUCUUGUGGACCUCUGGGAAUUUGUUUCACGUAGCAUGGCAGGGCAAUUUUGAAGCGUGGUCUCAAGAUCCUUUGCAUGUUUCGUCCUAUCGCACAUGCAAUUUGGGAUCCUCCAUUUUGGACAACCAGCAGUAGAAGCUUAUACUCGAGGAGGCGCUUCUGGUCCUGUAAAUAUUUCCUAUUCCGGUGUAUAUCAAUGGUGGUAUACUCAAGGUCUACGUUCUAACCAAGAUCUUUACACAGGAGCACUUUUCCUAUUAGGAUUAGCUGCUGUUUCUUUAGUAGGUGGAUGGUUACAUCUACAACCUAAGUGGAAACCUAGUGUUUCUUGGUUCAAAAAUGCUGAGUCUCGUUUAAACCACCAUUUAGCUGGUUUAUUUGGAACCAGUUCUUUGGCUUGGGCUGGACAUAUCGUACACGUAGCUAUUCCUGAAUCUAGAGGACAGCAUGUAGGAUGGGAUAAUUUCUUAACUACUGCUCCACAUCCACAAGGUUUAGCACCUUUCUUUGCUGGCCAAUGGGGUGUUUAUGCACAAAAUCCAGAUUCUAGCAGCCAUAUCUUUGGUACUUCAGAAGGAGCUGGUACUGCUAUCUUAACUUUCUUAGGCGGUUUUCAUCCACAGACACAAAGUCUUUGGUUAAGCGAUAUAGCUCAUCACCAUCUAGCAAUUGGCUGUAAUAUUCAUCGUUGCUGGACAUAUGUAUCGUACCAACUUUGGAAUUGGACAUAGUAUGAAAGAGAUUAUGGAAGCACAUAUUGCUCCAAGCGGUCGUAUGGGCGGCGGUCACCAAGGCCUAUUUGACACAGUGAAUAAUUCUCUUCAUUUCCAAUUAGGAUUAGCAUUAGCGUGUUUAGGUGUUAUCACUUCUUUGGUAGCUCAGCACAGCUAUUCCUUACCUUCUUAUGCAUUCAUAGCUCAAGAUUUUACUACUCAAGCAGCACUUUAUACUCACCAUCAGUAUAUUGCUGGCUUCAUCAUGACAGGAGCUUUUGCUCAUGGUGCAAUUUUCUUUAUCAGAGAUUACAAUCCAGAGCAAAACAAAGGAAAUGUAUUGGCUAGAAUGUUGGAACACAAAGAAGCUAUUAUUUCUCACCUAAGUUGGGCUAGCUUAUUCUUGGGCUUCCAUACACUUGGUCUAUACGUACAUAAUGAUGUUGUACUGGCUUUUGGUACUCCAGAAAAACAAAUCCUAAUUGAACCUGUUUUUGCUCAGUGGAUUCAAUCUACUCAUGGUAAGGCUUUAUAUGGAUUUGAUGUAUUACUUUCUUCCAGUUCUAGCAUUACUAUUACUGCAGGAAAAAGUCUAUGGUUACCAGGGUGGUUAGAUGCUAUUAAUAACAAUAGUAAUUCUUUAUUCUUGACUAUUGGCCCAGGGGAUUUCUUAGUACACCAUGCAAUUGCUCUAGGUUUGCAUACAACAACCUUGAUUCUUGUGAAAGGUGCUUUAGAUGCUCGUGGAUCUAAAUUAAUGCCUGACAAAAAGGAAUUUGGAUUCAGCUUCCCUUGUGACGGUCCAGGUAGAGGUGGAACUUGCGAUAUUUCUGCUUAUGAUGCUGUUUAUCUAGCUGUUUUCUGGAUGUUAAAUACUAUUGGAUGGGUAACCUUCUACUGGCAUUGGAAACACUUAGCUUUAUGGCAAGGUAAUGCAGCGCAAUUUAAUGAAUCUUCUACUUACUUAAUGGGCUGGCUUAGAGAUUAUCUAUGGUUAAACUCAUCUCAGUUAAUUAAUGGAUACAACCCAUUCGGUAUGAACAGUUUGUCUGUAUGGGCUUGGAUGUUCUUAUUUGGACACCUUGUUUGGGCUACAGGUUUCAUGUUCUUGAUCUCUUGGCGUGGUUAUUGGCAAGAAUUGAUCGAGACAUUAGCUUGGGCUCAUGAACGUACUCCAUUAGCUAAUCUUGUGCGUUGGAAAGAUAAACCAGUAGCUCUUUCUAUUGUGCAAGCUAGAUUAGUAGGAUUAGCUCAUUUCUCUGUAGGUUAUGUAUUUACCUAUGCUGCUUUCCUAAUUGCAUCUACCUCAGGUAAAUUCGGUUAAGGAUAUGUCAACAUCAUA